AACUGGCAGGGGUGUGGUGGUACCAUAAGGUCGGAGGUGAAUAUCAUGAUGUUGAAAAGAAGUGGUUCUACUGUUGAAUGGGAUACAGGAGGACUGGAAAUAUGAGCAGAUUGAAAAAGCAUGAAAGGAGUCGACAGCUGUCCUCAAGGAGUAGCGAUAGUGGCAGUUAUGGGAGGCGAACGCGAAGCAGAAGUCGGGAUCGACGUAGUAGCAGGAGCAGGAGUAGAGGUCGACGUAGUAGCAGGAGCAGGAGUAGAGGUCGACGUAGUAGCAGGAGCAGGAGUAGAGGUCGACGUAGUAGCAGGAGCAUAAGCCGGGGUCGGCGUUAUAGUAGGAGCAAAAGUCAGGAUCGACGUUACAGCAGGAGUAGAAGUGGUGAUCGACGUAGUAAUAGAAGCGGGAGCCAUGGAAGACAUGGAAGUAGUGGUGGCAGGCGGCGUAGUCGAGGAAGUGGCAGGCGGCGUAGUCGAGAAAGAAGUCAAAGUUAUCUUUGGCGUAGUCGAGAUCGAAGCAAGAGUAGAAGCAGUGAAAAAAUUGGAAGGGAGAAGCAUGAUAAACGGAGCACGAGGCAUGGGCAUUCAAAACAAAGGGGGAGAAGUAGCCAGGAAAAAAUGAAGGAUACUAUGAAGGAGAUAGAACUGAUGAAAUCGCGAAUGCGUUCGGCUCUUGAAUCUGCACAAGCGAAAAUGGAUGAUGUCGUGGAAGCUAGAGGUCUGUUAAAUGAAUCACAUUUAACUAUGGAUCUUACAGUUACGGAGACGGUAGCACGACAUCGUGAUAUUGAACGUAUCGAAGAGGAAGGUUUUCAUCAGUCAACAUUUAUUUCUUCUUCUGGUGGAGCUGGUGGACGACUUAGAAAAGAGGAUGCAACAGAUCGUAUAGCAAUGGUAACGAAGAAGGAAGAUGAACAUGACAAAGCAAUGUUUGGACCAAAAUGGCGAGAUGCCGAGAAAGGAUACAGUGACGAGAAAAGGGAGACAGUCACAGAUGUUGAAGUCGAUAAGGAAACACCUCUUGCCAAUGCACGAUUUUCCGAAGAUCCUGCUGUACGUGAAGAACGUUGGUUGAAGAUAUAUCGCGAAAGACGGGCAAAGUUGUUGGGUCUUUGAUGUGAUCUCAUUGUCUCUGUAAUGUAAGGUAGACAGUGCUACUCUCAUUAACAGAACAGGAAAGGAUAUUCGGG